AUGGCCCCUAAGAAGAAGGAAGAGCCGAAACCUGCUGCAGCAGCACCCCCCAAACCCCCAGAGCCUGAGCGUCCUAAGACCCCGGAGUUUGACCCUGCAUCAGUGACGCUGGAAUUCACCCCCGAGCAAAUUGAGGACUUCAAAGAUGCUUUCCAGCUGUUUGACAGGACACCAGCCAAUGAAAUGAAAAUCACUUACGCCCAGUGUGGAGACCUGAUUAGGGCUUUGGGCCAGAAUCCUACCAACGUAGAGAUCAUGCAUGUCCUUGGAAAGCCCAAGCCUGAAGACAUGCAGACCAAGAUGCUUGACUUUGACCAGUUUCUGCCCAUACACCAACACAUUUGCAAGGCCAAGGACCGUGGAACAUAUGAGGACUUUGUGGAGGGUCUAAGGGUGUUUGACAAGGAGGGGAAUGGCACAGUCAUGGGAGCUGAGCUCAGGCACGUUCUGGCAACACUGGGUGAGAAGAUGAGGGAGGACGAAGUGGAGCAGCUAAUGCAAAACCAAGAGGAUUCAAAUGGAUGCAUAAAUUAUGAAGCUUUUGUAAAGCACAUUAUGGCAUCUUAAAAUGGGUACCUCAUUGUCAUUCUGGUGCUACAUCUCUCUCCAUUAUGAAAUCAAUAUGAUAAUAAUAUUCAAUAUUCUUCUUCGCUACAAAACAAGAUCUUGAGUUCUUGUCCACAGAAGAUCUUUGUGUUUCUGUAAAUCCCAUUUUGUAUGUUUCUUAUUUCCAUGCGUCUCAGAUGUACCUAUAACUCAUCAGUAUUUGACCUUGUUUUUCUAAGACCGCAUGUAUUGAUGUGAUCAUUAUCCCUGCUCAUAUUGUAGA